AGUAUGGUUAAAAUACUAAGACUAUUCGCACGCGCUUUCUCAUACAGUCUGCGCGAGCUCUAGCCAACUUACGGUCGCACAUACAAAUUUUGUUAUUUUUUUCGGUUGCUCCUGCAAUUUCGUUGGGUUUUUCUUUGAUUAAUCAUUGAAUAACAAACAAAAAUUUGAUUAACGACAUCGAAAAGGCGUAAAUAAAUUUGAUAAAUAAGAAAAAACGUAAGUUUUUGACUAAAAUGUGGUGAUGAAAGUGUUCGAGAAUCAAAUGAGACGAGAGACAGCCAAUUGCUUAAGUGUUAUCAGUGCAAUCAAGCGAAAAGACUGACGAAAAAACGAGCGCAAUUUUUCAAACGAGACAGUGAUUGACUUUUCCGCUGUUCACACUUUUAAUUCACAAACAAAUUUUAUUUCGCCAAUCGAAUUUGUUUAUUCAUCGCAGCAAAAUAUUUGAUUUCAGAGUAAAAAAGAAAAAGAAGAAGAAAGAAAAGUGAUUAAAUUUGUUGAUCAACUGAGCAAAUGACUCCAAUGUAAAAUCGACCAUAAUCAUUGCGCAUUUUCUUCAACAAAUUAGCAUUUGGAAACCACUCAAUACACACAUAUGACGAUCGAACAUUUCAACUGAAAAACCAAGCAAACCGUUUUUUUUUCUUCAUCGAAGCUAUUUUACUAUCGCAUAUUCAUCAGCAAUAUGGACAACAAGCGACAGAGUGAUUUCGUAGAUUCUAGUAAAGGUCUUCACAACAUCGAGAAUGGUGAGGCAAAUGAUGGUGAUCAGGUGUUUGUAAAAAAACCGUAUUAUCCGCAAACACCGACCGUAGCCAAUGAAUAUUGGAUUCCAUCAUUUGAAAUCAAUACGAGCAACAACAGCAACGGUAACGCAGACAAUCAUCAAUCAAGUGAUGCGAAUUCCGUGAGGCACAGUGCGAUUCCAAUACCGAACGAAGAUUUGCAAGCGUCAAACAACUGUAAUACAAAAAUCAACCAUACAAACAAAUCGAUUUGCAACACACAUAACGCAUACAAUGAUAGUAAUAAUGGUCAUGCUAUCAUUGAUGUUGUAAGCACAACACAUACGCACACCGAUCACUCGAAAGUAACAAUCAAAUCAACGGAACAACAACAGCUGCCAACAGAAACCAGUACAUACACAACGAGCAGCACACCACAACAACCGCAGCCGUCGCACAAAAACACGGAAAAUACCAACGAUGUAGUGGACGUGAACAGCAAUACAAAUGCUGGUGCUGCUGCUGCUGGCGCUGCUGGCCCAGAAGAAUCGAAUCGAAAGCAACAAAAACUAUCGAAUAAAAUAGUCGUGGUUUUACGUCGAUCGAAACCGAUCGCGCUCGUGGUGAUCAAUAGUGUAUUAGCUGUUUUAAUUGUAACAUCGUUUUGCAUUAGCAUGGGCAUGGAUUAUACGGUUCCGGCAGUUGUUGUCGGUUUGAUUGCAGUUGUUGCCAGUUCGGGUUUAUGGUAUUGGCUGUAUAUUGCUGCUGUUACAGCGCCCAGAGAUAUUCGAGCACUUUAUCGGUAUAUCAAAUUAUUAACGCUGGUUCGGCGAUGUCAGAGAAAAAAUGUCGCCAUUUGGGAUUUAUUCCAUCACUAUGUGGCCAAACAUCCGCAAAAGCCAUGCAUUAUUUAUGAUGGACAGGAAUGGACAUUCCGUGAAAUGAACGAAUUUUCCAAUCGCAUUGCAAAUCUAUUCCAACAGCAUGGAUAUAAGAAAGGCGAUGUGGUUGGCCUGUUUAUGGACAAUCGACCGGAAUUUGUGGCCACAUGGUUGGGCCUCUCAAAAAUUGGCGUAAUCGUUCCAUUGAUCAAUACAAAUCAACGCCAAGCAUCCCUUAUUCAUAGCAUCGAAAUUGCCAAGUGUCAAGCGCUCAUCUAUGGCGAAUCGUUGGCUUCUGCUGUUGCCGAAGUGUCCGAACGAUUGAGCAAAGGAUCAUUUGCCUGGUAUCAAUACAAUGACAAAAGUCACGAAAUCAGCGACAAAUCGAUUAAAAAUUUGAAUAGUUUGUUGGAAAAAACGCCCAAAACUGAUGUCGUAUCCAGUUCAACGGCUGAUACACACCACAAUCAAUUGCUGUACAUCUACACAUCUGGAACCACUGGUCUUCCAAAAGCUGCCGUCAUCACACAUUCCCGUUACAUUUUCAUUGCGGCCGGUAUUCAUUACAUGGCCGAUUUUCAACCUGAUGAUAUCUUCUACACACCAUUGCCUUUGUAUCAUACGGCCGGUGGCGUUAUGAGCAUCGGACAAGCACUACUUUUCGGCUCAACCGUUGUUAUUCGCAAGAAAUUUUCCGCUUCUGGUUACUUUCCCGACUGUCAAAAGUAUAAAUGCACGGUUGCCCAAUACAUUGGAGAGAUGUGCCGUUACAUUUUAGCAACACCACCGAAUGCAGCCGACAACAGCCACAACGUGCGUACCAUCUUUGGCAACGGACUUCGACCACAAAUCUGGCCACAAUUUAUCAAUCGAUUCAAAAUCCCAAAAGUCGCUGAAUUCUAUGGAGCCACCGAAGGAAAUGCCAAUAUUGUGAAUAUAAAUAACGUUGUUGGAGCCAUUGGAUUUGUAUCACGAAUUCUGCCAUCAGUCUACCCAAUUUCAGUGAUCAAAGCCGAUCCAGAUACCGGUGAGCCAAUUCGUGACAGCAAUGGCUUGUGUCAGUUGUGUAAACCGAAUGAGCCGGGAGUGUUUGUUGGAAAGAUAAUGCCUGGAAAUCCAUCGCGUGCCUUUUUAGGAUAUGUUGACAAGGCUGCCUCAUCAAAGAAAAUCGUUAAGGAUGUAUUCAAAAAGGGUGAUUCGGCAUUUUUGUCCGGUGAUCUGUUGGUAUCGGAUGAAUAUGGCAAUUUGUACUUCAAAGAUCGUACCGGUGACACAUUCCGAUGGAAGGGUGAAAAUGUGUCAACGAGCGAAGUCGAAGCACAAGUUAGUAAUGUGGCCGGUUAUCGUGACACCGUUGUUUAUGGCGUUGAAAUUCCACAUAAUGAAGGUCGUGCCGGUAUGGCGGCCAUCCUAGAUGGUGAUCAAUCCAUUGAUUUGGAUGCAUUGAGCACUGGGCUAAAAUCCGUUUUACCUACAUACGCACGCCCACAAAUCAUUCGUUUACUCAACAAAGUCGAUAUGACCGGCACAUUUAAAUUGAAAAAAUUAGAUUUACAAAAAGAGGGAUUCGAUCCAAGGAAAAUCGGUGAUAGUCUGUAUUAUUUGUCGUCGAACGGUAAAUAUUGUAGAUUGGAUAAGGCUGUUUAUGAACAAAUUUUAAAUGGCGAAGUGAGAUUUUAGACGUACAAUUUAUUUGUGUGAAUGUGAACAAUCGCAUUUGCAUUCCGAAUCCCACACCGAUUCGGAAUCCGAGUUUUGGAUCAACCGAAUCAAUGACUAAUCUAAUAUUUAGUAAAGCUAUUUUCUAUGCAGCCACCGGUUGCUUUUAAUUCCAACACAGUUGGUCCCGAUGUUCACAUCUAGAUUUUUAAGACAGAAUUCUUCUUUAAAUCAUUAAUAGCAAUAUUUAAGUUAAUUAGAGAGAAAAAACAACAAUCAAUUCAAACUUUACAUAAUCAUCGAACAAAUUUUUUUUUAGGAUAUUCUUCACAUUUAAGAGAAAUGAAUGCUAGUUGACUAUAUAUAUUUUUUCCCCCUUUUGCUUCUAUUGUAUGGAACUGUGUGUUGAAUUUCGUUUUAUCCACUUUUUUUUUUGUACAGAAUAAAAUAUUUUUUAAUAAUGACCGAAAAA